AUGCCACCUCUGAAUAGCCGCGCCACUCGUGAGCUCGUAAAACGACGCAGGACCAUACCCGGGCCACGGUCGCUUCAUCGCGGUAUUCACUACCACGAAGCCACGGAGGCUACUGAGACAUUCCGCAAGAACCCCAAAACUCCUAAGCAGGAUCAUCGCGACCUGCUUGUACAUCACCAAAAGAUCAACGAGCAACUGCAAGAUGUGUAUGCUCGUACGGCAGCUUUGCAUGCCCCUGACGCCACGAUGGAGGAGCGCAUUGAAGAGUCGUGGCGGCAGUUUGAACGCAUUGGGGGCAAGCGGCCAGCAUCGGUAGGGGGAUGCGGCAGUAGGAGUGUUGUCAACAGCGGUAGUGGAGGAGGGGCUCCGGCAUCUCCACACACACGUACAUAUGACCACCUACGAAAUAACAAAACUGGAGUAGGCUUUGCUGAGCGUCUUCGCCUCUUGGCAGGGGAAAAGAAGGAUCUGCGCCAACGAGCGAGUUGGGAGCGGGAGACACAUGGUGAAGCAGUUGAUUAUACUCAGGGCAGUGCCUUGCAUGCUGCUAAAGAUCGGCGUAUUGCCCUCUUCCAGCGGCGGCAACUCAAGAGAGCUCAUCUGCUUCGCCGUAUGGGUGACCCGACGCCACUUAAACAAUCGGGUCGCUAUGAUCUAAACAGCGGUACACUGCGUGUGUUUAACAAGACCAUACGAAGGGUACAGCGAGAGGUGAAACAUGACGAGCGCAUACGGGAGGUGAAAGUGCGGAAGGGCAGCGACAAGAGCGGGAGCAUUUGGGCCCCACGUGGUGGUGACGAGAACCCGAAUAGGCCUUCACAGGGAAUUAUACGAUACACACGGGAGUUUGAUUUGGGCCCCCGCCGCACUGGUUUAGGGAAGAGGAGGAAGGGCAGGGGGAAGAGAUGA